AUGCACCUGAUUCUGCUCGAAUUGCUGGACUUCCGGGCAUCACGUCAUCUUCGUCACCCCCCAGCUGUUUUGCAAGGCGGCACCACACCACACAUUUCGAAUGUUCCAACAAUAAGAUACUUCAGAUUUGACUUUGUGCUAGGUGGCCCUGACGCCCGAAGACUGCAACUGUCUCCGCCCCUGCCCAAGCAGACCAACAAGCAACGCCGCAGCAGGACCAACUUCACCCUCGAGCAACUCAACGAGCUAGAGAGGCUCUUCGACGAGACUCAUUAUCCUGACGCGUUCAUGAGGGAGGAGCUGAGUCAGCGACUGGGUCUCAGCGAGGCGAGAGUCCAGGUCUGGUUCCAGAAUCGGAGAGCGAAAUGUAGAAAACACGAAAGUCAACUUCACAAAGCGGCAGGUCUGAUGCUGACUAGCCACGUCCACAGCAGCCCACCGGUGGCUACGCCUCUAGAACCUUGCCGGGUCGCCCCCUACGUUAAUGUGCCUCGCUUGCCGUCUUUGCCCUUCCCACCGCCCGCCACUUUCUCCGCCUUCGAUCCCGCUCUCCUCACCGCUGCCCAUCAGUAUGCGGCGGCGGCGGCUGCACUAGCAGGUCCCGGGACAUCGCCGCUGCUUCUGUGCCACCCUCAGUACAGUCUCGCUCUGGCCGCUCUGCACCACGACCGUCUACACUCCAAGAACUCCUCCAUCGCCGACCUUCGCCUCAAGGCCAAGAAACACGCGGAAGCCCUCGAACUCGACAGGGAGAAGGAGUCCGUCUAGGCGCUGUUGUGACUGGACCUGCAGCAGUGAUCUUGCGGGAAUCUUGUAUGACUAUCAGUGUUAACCAGAAUGCGCUUACGGUACGAUCUGAACUUUCAUACCGUGGAACCAGAAUGCUGUUGCGGCACAAACCAGAAAGUUCUUACCGCGUGCAACCAGAAUGAUGUUAGAAUACUAACCAGUCUUCUUAAGGUGGAAUCAAAAUAUUUUGUUACUGUACAAAACCAGAACUUUCAUAACAUUGAACCAGAAUGUUACGGUACAAACCAGAACGUUCUUACCCCGUGCAACCAGAAUAUUGCUAUACUACAAACCAGAGCGUUCUUAAGGUGGAAUCAGAAUAUUUUGUUACGGUACAAAACCAGAACUUUCAUAACAUUGAACCAGAAUGUUACGGUACAAACCAGAACGUUCUUACCCCGUGCAAUCGGAAUGUUGUUAUACUACAAACUAGAACCUUAUUAAGGUGGAAUCAGGAUAUUUUGUUACGGUACAAAACCAGAACUUUCAUAACAUAGAACUACAAUGCUGUUGCGGUGCAACCCAGAAUGUUCUUACCGUGUGCAACCAGAAUGAUGAUAGAGUACAAACCAGAAUUCCUAAGGUGAAACCAGUAUGCAAUUAAGUACAAAUUAGAAUCUUCUUACCAUGGAAAAAGAAUUCUGUUACAGUAUAAACCAGAAUUUCAUUCCCGUGAAACCACAAUGUUCUUACGGUAGAAUCCAGAAUAUUAUGCCGCAAACUAGGAUAUUCUUACACUAACCAAAUUUGAUUUUAGGCAUAUAGAAAACCUGAAAUUACUCGAGUGAUAUGACAAAAACAGAAAAAUCUAUACAACAAUUAAAUUACUUUAGCGGUGCAAAAAUCAAACAUAUUCUUGUGGAAUCAAAAGAAUAACUAUACAAUGGCAGGAUCCAUUCUUCACACUAAUAUAAUUUCUAUUCUGCUAAUUCUUUGAUUAAUCAGAUUUGUUCUUUCACAAAUAUUUUUUACCUUCAUACAUAUUUUGAUCUUACAUUUUUGAAAAUCACUCGUAUGUGUUAAGAUAAGAAAGACUUUUCCAGAGAAAAGGUCGAAUUACAGCUACCGUUAUUACAACAUCCAGCUACGAGCUGGACAGUUUCAGGAUUUAAUCCAGGAGUAAUGUUAACAUUACGUGUAAUGUGCGCGGAAGUGACUUACAUUACUAGAGCAGGUUUGGACAUGUUCAGUGACAAUGAUGUGACAAAGGACAACGUGCAAGUCUUGACUUUACAGUGCACUAGCAUGUAAAAAUGUACAUACAUCAAGUUAAACAAUAAUACUCCCACUUCCUUCAGUGAACACCUGAGAAUGGAGAAUAUAUUUAUGGAUUUUAUAUAUUCACAACUAUUUUUAUUACUUCAGAUAAUGGUCCGAUUUCAAGAACGUAACCAGGACAACAUUUUGGGGGAGGUCUAGACAACUGAUAUUUUCCCGUAGUGGACAAAGAGUAAGGACCCUUUUAAAGUUCUUGACCCGUUUCUUUGUUGAGAACGAUCUUUCAGCAGUACACGUCAGUAAUACUGAAUCAUUUAAAUAAUAAUAAUAGUUUACUAAAAAAUAAAUUAACAAAAUUGAAAAUUUGAGGGGUCCGGACUCCUUGGACCUCUUCGCUGGCUACGUCCUUGCCUGGUUUAUUUCAGUUUUUUUAAGAAGAUGUUUUCACUUAUUUGUUAUAUAAAUUCAACAAAUAAUUGGGGGGCGGGGUUCUGGAACCCUUAGGGCUCACACUGGCUACGUCCUUGCCUGGUUUAUUUAAGCUU